AUGGAAGGAAGAGGCGGAGGAGCAGGAGCAGGAGCGCCGUACAGCCCACGCACUGUGGAUGAGGUUUUCAGAGACUUCAAGGGCCGCCGAGCCGGCAUGAUCAAGGCUCUUUCCACUGAUGUUGAAGAUUUUUACGAGCAAUGCGAUCCUGAGAAAGAAAACCUUUGUUUGUAUGGAUUCCCAAACGAAGAAUGGGAAGUUAAUCUACCUGCUGAGGAAGUUCCUCCUGAACUUCCGGAACCUGCUUUGGGCAUCAACUUUGCAAGAGAUGGGAUGCAAGAAAAGGAUUUUUUAUCUCUGGUAGCUGUUCACAGCGAUGCAUGGCUACUUUCAGUGGCUUUCUAUUUUGGUGCCAGAUUCGGUUUUGAUAAGGCUGACAGGAAACGUCUCUUCGCUCUGAUGAAUGAUCUACCAACAAUAUUUGAGGUUGUGACGGGCAGUGCAAAGAAACAAUCAAAGGAGAAGUCAUCAGUUACAACAAAUCAAAGCAUCCAUAGGCCUAAGUCAAGCUCUAAAGGGCGAGGCUCUGAUUCAAGCAAACAGUCGAAAGUGAUGCCAAAGGAUGAAGACGAGGGAAUGGAUGAGGAAGAUGAUGAUGACCACAGCGAUACUCUGUGUGGUGCAUGCGGGGAGAACUAUGCUUCCGAUGAAUUCUGGAUUUGUUGCGACAUAUGUGAGAAGUGGUUUCAUGGAAAGUGUGUGAAGAUCACUCCUGCCAGAGCUGAGCACAUCAAGCACUACAAGUGCCCCUCGUGCAGCAACAAGAGAGUGCGGCCUUGA